AUGCUGACAAAAUCUAAACAAGUAACAGAAUAUGAUGAAGCACCAUCAAGCACUUCACAUAUACAAAUGAUGGACAGUUAUGAAGAGCAGAUUAUGGUGGGUAAAGAGCUGGCUGAAUAUGGACACUGUGAUCCUGAAGAACAGGAAACUCAACACAUUGCAAAACGUGAAGUCACAAAUGAUUCAGCAUCAGCCCCUGUUUAUAAAGGAGUUCGCUUGGUGAAUGGGCACAAUCUAUGCCAGGGUCUUUUGGAAAUCCUCUACAAUGGCACUUGGGGAACGGUAUGUGAUGAUGAUUGGGACAUCGUCGAUGCCAAUGUGGUUUGCCAGCAGCUUGGAUGUGGCCGUGCCCUCUCUGUGGCAGGAACCCUGCCCUUUGGCAAAGGGUCAGGGCUGAUACUGCUGGACAAUGUAGAUUGCAAAGGGACCGAGUCAUCACUGAGCGAGUGUGGAAGCCUGGGCUGGGCCAUUCACAACUGCAACCAUUAUGAGGAUGUGGCAGUCAUAUGCAAUGAUUUCAGCUCAACGCCAAUCAACCUGGUCAAUAAAACCCAAGUAUCUGCCUGGGAAUAUAAACAAGGAGAGGGCAAUAUUCGGCUAGUCAAUGGCUACAACUCCUGUCAAGGCAGAGUGGAGAUUAAGUACAGAGGACAGUGGGGAACAAUUUGUGAUGAUGACUGGGACAUGAAUGAUGCCAAAGUCGUGUGCCGGCAGAUGGGCUGUGGCACAACGAUAUCCUCCACCACCAACUCUUAUUUUGGAUAUGGCAAAGGACGGAUUCUAUUGGACAACGUCAACUGUGACGGGACUGAGCCAUCGCUAUUAAGCUGUAGCAGUCUGGGAUGGGGUGUGCACAACUGCGGGCACCAUGAAGAUGCAGGAGUCAUCUGUACAGAUUCCCGGACUCCCACAACAGCUCCAGAUGUUUCAUCCAUUACACUUACGGCAGACCACACUGGGACCGAAUCUACUGCGACUACCCUUCACAUUGCAGAUGGGACAGACCAAGUUUCUGAACAGCUUACAACCAUGAAACACACAACUCCCCAGACUGCUAGAUCCAUCCGUCUGGUGAAUGGUAACAACAGCUGUCAAGGCAGAGUGGAGAUUUUCUACGGCAACAAUUGGGGAACCGUGUGCGAUGAUGAGUGGAAUAUUAAAAACGUGGCGGUGGUGUGCAGGCAGUUGGGAUGUGGUGGUGCCGUCACUGCCACCGACCUGAGCUACUUCGGCUACGGCCGUGGCCCGAUACUGCUGGACAACGUGAACUGUGAAGGGACAGAGUCAUCCUUGUCAGACUGUUUUAACCUCGGCUGGGGAAAGCACAACUGCAGACACCAUGAAGAUGCUGGUGCUAUUUGUGUAGAGUAUAAAACUCCCGAGGUGACAGGUUCUGGCAAACAAGCACCAGUAAUAACCACCACAAGAACAUCACAAGCAUUGAAGACGGCAAAAGAAUCGCAAGUCCGCCUUGUGAAUGGACAGCACCGGUGUGAGGGCCGGCUGGAGAUCUACCUGAUGGCCCAGUGGGGCACGGUUUGCGAUGACGCCUGGGACUUGCGGGCGGCGAGGGUGGUCUGCAGGCAGCUGGGAUGUGGCAGGGCCCAGGCUGCGAAGGCACAGGCGUACUUCGGGCAGGGCGUUGGCAUCAUCCACCUCGACAACGUGAAAUGCAAAGGAAACGAGAGCCUGCUGAACCAGUGCUCCCAUAUCGGCUGGGACGUCCACAACUGCGACCACACGGAAGAUGCAAGUGUGAUGUGCACAUUAUGAACAAUCUCAACGAAGGUGCCUUCCGUUGGCUGUGGGGGUGGGGUGGGUGCGUUGUGUGAAGGGAGGCAUGGUGAAUAUAUGUAAAUCUAUAAAUGUGUAAAUAGCUCAAAACUACCAAACUGAAAGCCCCAUAUAAUGUGCACUUUAUACAUUUUAAAUAUUAUCUCUCAUCACAGGUUUAAUGUGUAUUAUCUUACAAAAGAUGAUUAUUUCCUGUACCAGCAAAGCUGUGCUUUCGGGUGAGAGAUGUGUUUCUUUGGCACUGUUUCUUAGCAGCACUCAUUUAUAGACGACCAGUGUCGGUUCCCUGAGGCAGGCAGCACCAUAAAUUGCUCCCUGUACGGCAGAUUAGGACUAAUCCAGAAAGUAAUCUUCACCAAGAGACAGUUGGUGAUGUGUAACUUGAGGGUGACCACUCGACAAGCACAGGGUGAAAGUGGGCAAGCAGAGACUCUAUCAGCUACCACAGGCAGUACAGGGAUUGACCCAGAAUGUUGGCUUUAUUCUGCUUCACCUUAGCUUGCUGAGCUAACUUGCAGCCUAUAAACUAUUCAUCAAUCAUAGAAUCCCUACAGUGUGGAAGCAGACCAUUAAACCCAUACUGACCCUCUG